AUGACAAGUCAUACAUUUGUAAUUUCAGCCUAUUUUUUAUGUUUUCUUAGUCAAAUUCUAUUUUGGAUAAUUUUAGGUGGAAUUGAUGAAAUUAUUCAUUCCAAUACUAAAAAUGAAAAUGAACCUCAUUUCUUUGUAAUUCCUGGAUUUUUUCAAUUCUCAUAUGGAUGUAUUGGAUCUAGUGCCAUGUUUGGUAUAAUUAUAGCAGAAGCAUUAGUUUAUUAUAUAGUUGAAUGGAUUACAUUAGUAUUAUGUAUUAGAUCAGAUAGAGAUACAUGGAAUAUUAAAAAGGAAACACUUGUACAUGUUAUUGUUCAACCAUUUUUAGUAAUUUUAUUUAUUGUUUUGGGAAGUAUUCCUAUAAUUGCUGAAUUAGUUGAUUAUUUUGUACCUUACUUAUUAGUUUUAUUAGCAGGAAGUGUAUUUGAAAUAUUUGUAUGUGUUGUAUUACCUGUAUGUUAUGAUAUUAGAUUGGAUUUUAUUAGAAAUGGUGGAUUAUUUUCUAUAAAUAGUAAAAAUAGAAAUAUUACUUCAUUUAGUACAACUGAAAUAUUACUUAAAGAUCCAAAAACAUAUUCAAUAUUUCUAGAUUUUGCACGUAGAAGUUAUACACCUGAACCAGUAUUAUGUUGGACUGAUAUUCAAAAAUUUAAAAAAUUACCUAAAAAGGAUAGAAAAGAAAAGGCUUUGAAAAUGAUUGAUUCCUAUAUUAGUCUAUCUGCUCCAUUGGAAUUAAAUUUACCAAAUAUAAAUGUUAUGAGAAGAGAUUUAUUAAAUAUUAUUGAAAAAGAUGAAACAAAUAUUCCAAUUGAAUUAUUUGAAAAUGUUGAAACUUUAUGUUUACAAGAUUUAUUAGAUUUACAACAACGAUUAGUGGAUCAAAAUGAUUUUAUUGCUUCAUUGGUGGAAUGA